UGUCCCUAGAAGCGCGGAUUAAAAUUGAUGCAGACUAUUUUUCUAGGGAAGCAGCGGGUUUCGGUUGAACUAUAGUUCAAGAAACCGUUAUUCUACCAAAUUCAGCUUUGCAACGCGUUCCGCGUGGUUUUAAUGAAAGUUUCAUUGACCGAAUUAUGUAAUCAAAACCAUGUACUGUAAAAUUCGAAAGACGAAGGGGUGUUUUUCAUUCCACUGUUAAUCACAUAUACUAAAGUCGCUUUUUACACGGGGGAUACGUGCCGCAUAAAAAAAAAACGCGGAAAAAACCGCGUAAAUUCCGGAAUCCGCGUAAAAAACGGGUAAAUUCCGGAAUCCGCGUCAAAAAAACCGCGUAAAUUUCGGAAUCCGCGUAAAUUCCGGAAUCCGCGUAAAAAAACUCGUGUAAAUUCUGCAAUCCGAGUGAAGAGAAACCGAAAUCCGCGCAAAAAAAUACAGCGUAAAUUCCGAAAUCCGCGUAAAAAAACGCGUAAAUUCCGGAAUCUGCAAAAAAAAAAACCGCGUAAACUCCGGAAUUCGCGUAAAAAAACCCGUAAAUUCCGGAAUCCGCGUAAAAACCAGUGUAAAUUCUGCAAUCCGAGUGAAGAGAAACCUAAAUCCGCGCAAAACAAAAACCGCGUAAAUUCCGGAAUCCGCUUAAAUUCCAGAAUCCGCGUGAAAAACCCGCGUGAAAAAAACGCGUAAAAAGCGACCAUAGUGUAUAUGUGGAGGAGCAGACUAAAUUUAAAACGGCGUAAUGUUGCCAUGGUAAAUAAACAAAACUGGUAAAAUAACAGUUUUAAAAAAAAAGUAAACAAAGUUUAAGCAGAUUACUUUCUCGUGAGUAUUGUAUUAUACAGGUGAAAAGUGAUAAACGAUAAAAUGCCUCAGUUCACAAAGCGGAAGCUAGCUGCUAUCCUCAGAGAGCAACGGAAAAGUCUUAAUAAUUAUCUGGAUGAUCCAUUGGCAUGGACCUUCCUGGAUCCGUGGCGACGCGAUCGUCAAGCUGCCAAUAACGACGACAUCCAAGACAACCUAAUCAGCCAAACAGACCCGCAUAUACGAGAAGACAAUGAGACUGUUGAAAAUGGCUUGAGCAGCGGCCAAUCUGAAUCAAAUUCGAUGUUUUAUUCUACAGAUGAACCAGAGGCUGAUAUUCGAUUCGGGAUGACGAACCCCGAUAUAUCAAUCGAGAAUGAUCUGAGCUACUUCCCAAUAAGCAGAUUGAAAACCAUCGAGACCAAAAUCAGAGGCGUGCAGUUCGAAGAGCUGUUGCAAGAAUGUUGCUGUAGAGUUUGUAUGGCAUGGAAGAGUUACUAUGAACGGUUAACUGUUAUUAAAUAAUUGUUUUACCAAGCUCCACCACCAAGAACCAUCAUUGAUCGUAUGAGGAGUUGCCAUUCUUCAUCAAGUUGAUGCAGACGAAUACAGUAAGGUCGCUUUUUACGCGUUUUUUUACGCGGGUUGCUUUCCUCCAUUACUCAAAAACGGUACAAGAUAUCGACCUCAUUUCAAUUACGUUUUACGUUUUAGGCCACGAGUGAUCAUAUAUCAGUUUUCAAAAAAAAAAAAAAAAACAAUUUUUGGUGUAAAUAUUUAAAAUUUAAAAUAUUGAAUUUUGGUCUCUAGAUUGGCCACUAUCAUGAUCAAACGAGGUUUUAACGUUUUAGGACGAUUUUCUUUGUUAUAUUUGCAACUCAAAAAAGUCGUUUUUCACGCGGGCCCAUACAAAUUCGGAACGCAUCCCCCGCGUAAAAAACGACCUUAGUGUAGUUUUUUGAAAGGAUUGGUGAAGAAAAGUUUACAGCUUUCCUGAAACAUUAUUUUGUUCUGGAGGUUCAAGA